AUGACAUCGGAACAGCCGAAGCCCCCAUCAAUUCGAAGCUGGCUGGCAGCCGUCGCAACGCUACUUGUAUUGCUGCUGCUAUGGAUUGUUGCGGCGUCGUUGAUAAUUCAAACUCAUUCGUGGAAGAGAGAGAUGAAGGUCGAGUUCGAGGAGUUUCAGGUGGGAAAAUUACCAAAGAAUUGCAUUUGUGACACACAGAUUUUUAAAAUUUUUAUACGACUUGGAGCUUUAGCAAAUAAAAUUUGAAAGAUAUUUGAACGUAUCAUCUCAAGCAAUUCUUUGACUAACGACUAUUUCUAGGACAUUACGAACACCGCCUGGGACGUAAUCGUCGGCAUGAGAAAUGCACGGCAAAAGGAACUGUUUGCCUCCAAAACCAACAGCUUUGUUAGGUCGAAACGACAGUACCGUCAGGAGAGAAAUCAAUGUUCCAGUAAGAAGACGAUGUAAAAUCACAAGCAUGCUUUAGAAUGCGCUGAGACCUUGCAAACCUGUCCUCCGGGCCCGGUUGGUCCGGCCGGUCCGCCCGGCGAUCCGGGCUACCCCGGCGAGGACGGAGAAGACGGUCGGCUUGGUGCGCCAGGCCUAGCUCUGGUCCUAAACAACGAUGCACCCGGAUGUAUUUUGUGCCCGGCAGGACCACCCGGCCCUCCCGGAUCUCCCGGCCCAAUGGGCGAAAAAGGAGCGGUCGGGGAGCCGGGCGAGCCCGGAAUUCCAGGCCUGACUGGUGUUCAAGGCAGCAUGGGGCCUCCCGGAUCACGAGGCUACCCCGGAACCACUGGAACUCCCGGAGAGCCGGGAGAAAAUGGAACGCCAGGGCAGAGGGGUCGAGGGAAAGUGGGACAGCCCGGAGUACCCGGAAAACCUGGCCUAGCCGGAGAACCUGGUCUUAUAGGGGCGCCAGCGGGCAGUGGACCGCUUGGCCCGGCUGGACCUCCAGGAUUACCGGGGGAACCCGGAGUUCCGGGGGUUGAUGGAGCGACAGGAACGGUGAGAAAGCUAAAAGGACAUUAGAAAUCUUACAUUAGAAGUUUUUGAUGACUAAACAUUAGAUAUGGUGCUCGAAGGGGGGUGAAGUUAUAGUCAUCAUUUUUAGCCCGGCCCACCUGGCCCUCCAGGAAAGGACGCUGAAUAUUGCGAAUGCCCGGAUCGGAAUGGAAACGGUGGAAAUUUGGGUGGGAAGGAAGAUGAAGACGACGACGGGCUUGGCCAAAAAGCAAAACCUCGCGGGAAAGGAAAGGGAAAACAUCGACGGAAACACGGCCGAGGAGAUGAUGAAGAUAGCCGAGAAAGUGGGCGAGGUCAUGGCCAUGGAAAAGGAAGAGGACGAGGCGAUGACGAGAGCCGAGAACAGAGUCGAGGCCAUGGAAGGCAUGGGCAUGGUAGAGGAAGAGGCGAAGAUAGUAGGGAAGGAAAUAGAAAUGGCGGCAGAGGAGGGCAUAAUCAUGGAGAACCUGACCUAACCUUCGCUGCUCAAGCGGCAAUGGAGGAAUAUGCGGUGAGUUUCUGAAAUCACAGAGGAUGGUCAAAUGGACUAUCGUUUUGUAUUGAUAAUACGCUUUUCAAAAGUGCGUAGAUCUUCUGUCGCGGCGCAUAUUGUAUUUUGCCUCUUUUCGCACGGUGCGCGGACUAUUAUAUUUUUGAAAGAAAAAGGUUUACGAAUUUUGGAAUUACUGACAAGGGAAGUCACUUUUUUCGCAGAUCGAUCCAUACUGGUGACCUAGUGGACAGUGAAGGCCUCAGGCUGUGUAAGAAGAAUCUGGCGUCCAAAAGUGUUUACGGGCCCUGAGGGCAGAGUUAUGGCUCAUCAAAGUUCGCGCAAAAAAGGUUCCGAAAAGACCCUCCAAAAAAACGUGAUCGGAGAUGUGAGCUUCGGUAGCAGAGUGGUUCGCAGAUUUUUCUUUUGUCUGGAAGGGCCAGGGUUCGAUUCCUCUUCCCGGCAAUAACUAAAAACAAUAUUGUAAGAGUAGCGUAAGUUACAAAAAAAAUGUUUUGAAAUAUUUUUUGAAAAAUUUUAUUAUCCUGUCGUUAAAAAAAUGACGAUUUUGUUCAUAUCGUCCCUAAAUUUAUCAUCUGCCCAGACAGCAAGCGUUUGACUCAAACGCUUCAGCAUGAUAUCACGAUCACCAAGGACGUCUUAUAAAACAUCAGAGAUAUACAUAUUGAGAAUCCCAGUCCUACCUUUACGCCAAGGUUCCCGCAGUUUUCUCCAAUGAUACGGCGUCUUAAUCCACCGUAGUCGCCGCAUUAUUCCAGAAAUUGAAUGCGAUCCUCGGUGGAAAAAUGCCCUCGCAUCCCUCACUGUGUCCAAGCUCACAACGACUUCCCCAAGUUUUAACGACAGGAUAAUAACAUUUUUCAAAAAAUAUUUCAAAACAAUUUUUUUGUAACUUACGCUACUCUUACAAUAUUGUUUUUAGUUAUUGCCGGGAAGAGGAAUCGAACCCUGGCCCUUCCAGACAAAAGAAAAAUCUGCGAACCACUCUGCUACCGAAGCUCACUUCUCCGAUCACGUUUUUUUGGAGGGUCUUUUCGGAACCCUUUUUGCGCGAACUUUGAUGAGCCAUAACUCUGCCCUCAGGGCCCGUAAACACUUUUGGACGCCAGAUUCUUCUUACAUAGCCUGAGGCCUUCACAGUCCACUAGGUCACCAGUAUGGAUCGAUCUGCGAAAAAAGUGACUUCCCUUGUGAGAGGUUUGACAACUGCAAUUUCUUUUCAGACUUCCCACGGUCGCCAACCCGGCCAAUCGCCAUUUGUGCAGCCCGGCCAACUGCUCACUGGCAUUCCUCCUGAAGAUCCCGCUCGCUCAACACCGUUCGAUCGCAAACGCAGGAUAAUCCGACAAAGAAAACUGAGGUUCAGCAAGCUGUUGUUUGACAAAGCCUACAGCUAA